GCGCGCGAUCACGCGAUUGGUCGAGAGGCGCGCCGACGUCCGGUGCCGGCGGGGAUCAGUGCGGUCGUUACCGGGUGCUACGGUCGCCGGUCGGGGCGUAUUUAAAACGGAGGCGCGGCCGUAACACGAACAUUACCAAUUGUGACUCGUGCACGUUAACACGUACUCGCGUCUCGUAUAGUUUCAUUUGAUUCGUCAACCUACUCCUACUCGAUCAUGCCGCCCAAGACCAGCGGUAAGGCCGCCAAGAAGUCAGGAAAGGCUCAAAAGAACAUCUCCAAGACCGACAAGAAAAAGAAGAAGCACAAGAGGAAGGAGAGCUACGCCAUCUAUAUCUACAAAGUGCUGAAGCAGGUCCACCCCGACACGGGCAUAUCCAGUAAGGCCAUGUCGAUCAUGAAUUCGUUCGUGAACGACAUAUUCGAGCGCAUCGCCGCCGAAGCCAGCCGUCUCGCCCACUACAACAAGAGGUCCACUAUCACCUCCAGGGAGGUGCAGACUUCCGUGAGGCUGCUGUUGCCCGGGGAGCUCGCCAAGCACGCCGUCAGUGAGGGCACCAAGGCCGUCACCAAGUACACCAGCUCGAAGUGAGGUGCUCGUGCUGCUGCUCAUUCGUCAAACCGACCAAACAAAACA